CCUUUGUCCGCUCACUGAGGCUACAAGUUGGAGGCAUAAGUGUUUACAGCGUCCACAAGCAAGGGAGUGAGUGUGCAGAGCGACGGAACGAAAGGCAAUAAGAAAACGGAGCAAUAUCGACGCAUAUAACCAAUAUGCCUUUUGAUACAGAGCUCACUCGUCGCCUUGGCAUCAAGAUCCCCGUCGUCCAAGGUGGCAUGCAAUAUGUCGGAUAUGCUGAACUCGCAUCUGCCGUCUCCAAUGCUGGCGGCUUGGGCAUUCUUACUGCCCUCACUCAGCCUACACCCGAAGACCUUCGCAAAGAGAUCCAGAAGACACGGACUCUGACAAAGAACCCCUUCGGCGUCAAUAUCACUCUUUUGCCUUCUCUCCAACCACCAGACUACGGCGCAUAUGCUCAGGUUGUGAUUGACGAGGGAAUCAACAUCGUUGAAACCGCUGGGAACAGCCCUGGCCCGGUUAUCGCGAAGCUAAAGAAGGCUGGAAUCAUCAUUCUGCACAAGUGUACAACGAUCAGACACGCGCAGAGUGCUAUAAAGCUUGGUGUAGAUUUCUUGUCGAUUGAUGGGUUUGAAUGUGCUGGCCACGUUGGAGAAUCUGACAUUACCAAUUUCAUUCUGCUCAGCAAAGCCCGGCAAACCCUCAAAGUUCCUUUCAUCGCCUCGGGCGGAUUUGCUGAUGGACAAGGACUGGCGGCUGCACUAUGCCUCGGGGCCGAGGGCAUAAACAUGGGUACACGCUUCAUGUGUACCGUGGAAGCGCCGAUUCACCAGAAGAUCAAGGAAGAGAUCGUUAAGGCCCAGGAGACGGAUACGGCGUUGGUUAUGCGCCGCUGGACCAAUACCACACGUCUAUAUCGCAACAAGGUUACUGAUGCCGUCGUCAAGAUUGAACGAGAGAGCAAGACCGGCGAAUUCGCAGAGAUCGCGCCUUAUGUCAGUGGAAAGCGGGGACGUCAAGUUUUCGCCAAUGGUGAUCCUGAUUACGGCGUAUGGACGGCUGGUCAGGUCAUUGGGUUAAUACAUGACAUACCUACCUGUGACGUCCUUGUGAAGAGAAUUGAGAAAGAAGCGGAGGAGACCUUGACGUCGAAGCUCAAGCUCGCAAGACCCAAGUUGUAGACUAUCCAUUUUAGCGUUUUAUUGUGUCGAGCUUUUGCCACCUACUCUGGAGAAUGCGGUUUGAUCCUACUAAUGUAAAUCAGAAAAUUCUCACCAAGCCUUCAUCAGUCGUGAAGUGGUGAGCCGA